AUGAAAUCUACAAUCGUAGUCAUAUUUUCUCUCCUCGCGAGCUCCUACGCUAUAUCCCAGAGCUUCUCUGGACCGAUCUCAGCAGCAUCACAGUCGCAGAUAAGAUUCGCGAUCGAGAACAAAUACGACGACACCGGCCCGGGGGCUAAAGGCCCGGAGUACGCUUACAACACAUACAAGACCUUAGGAGAGGCUCUUAUUAGCUACCUCGAUGAUCCUGACACCAAGCUUCCCCAAGGAGAGAGAGAGAGGGCUGUCGCUUCCCUUCAAAUACCACCCUUACACACACCGAUAAGACAAUACCCCAAAACCGUCGAAGAAUACACGGGAUACAAAUCAACAGAAAGACCAGCACUCACACAGUACAACCUACCCAAAGAGUAUUACAGACCAGCCAUCGGUGUUAAUGAGGACCAAAUAAAUAGUAUCGGGAACAAUUACCUAAAAGCCAAUGAUGGUGUAAGGUUCCAAAGAGUACAGCUAGUACAGAGCAGGCCGUCAGGGUCAGUGUACUACAAGCAGCCACAAUCCCAGCAAACCUUUAGCUCAUUCAAUCCUAACCCUAAAUAUAGCUUCUCUUACGGCGUCCACGAUAAAUCAACAGGAGACAGUAAGUCAGCUCACGAGACUCGUACUGAUGGAGUGGUCCGAGGAUACUAUACCUUCAUGGAUGCUGAUGGAAAACAACGAACGGUUCACUACACCGCUGAUGACCAGCAAGGGUUUAGAGCCACUGUACAGAGGUCCACAUCCAAUAUACACCGAGGCGAGUCAGGUCGAUGUCACGUGUCCAAGAAGGAUCGGGUUACAGCUCGUGAGGAACAGGGGCCGGUAUACUGUGAGGUACAGGGUUCGAGUCCCGACUAUGAUAUGUACCUUUACAAUGAUACGAGAACCCAACAUCGUUCUGCCCCAAUCGUGUCCGCGGUCACAUCACUGCCGAAAAUCGCUAGCGCGGCUAAUGAUAGUGGUGUCGUAUCAGCGAUCUGGUGCGAGCUCCCAAAGGAGGUGAUCACUCAUGAUGGAGAUGCUUUGAAGACAAGACCCUCAGGGAAACCUAGACCCACGGGGAAGGGUUCGAACAUAUGA